CAGUGACCGAAUCGACAAAAACGUUCUUACGCUAAAACUGUUCGUAGAAACAGGUGUCAGCCAAUCGUGGCGUUAGACAUAUCGUUAGAGAAGGCGGCUGGCCAUUGGCAAGCACCACUUACGAACGAAAAGCUUUGUGAAUUCGGCCCCAGAUUUUCCUUAUUCACUAUCCCAGUGCUUUGAGUUGUCGCUUAUUUCGCUCUCGCUCUGAGAUCUGCUAGCCUCCUGGUUGGCUCAGAUGGUACAAAGCAACCGCCGCCCCGAAAAGGUGUUGGUCCGAGUUCGAAUCUCCGACCAGGGUGAAUUUCGCUUUAACUGCCAAGCUUUCGUUCUGAAAAAUGCGUGUGGACUUUCUUUGUAGCUUCGUGCCAAAGUCGGGUGAAUCACAAUUUGUCCCUUUCAUGGAACUUUCCUGCAUCUUUCGAGCUGCCGCAAAACUGAUUUGCCAUAUUAAGUAUGUGUAGAGAGAGACAGAAGAAAGGGGAAAGGCAGGGAGGUUAACCGGAUGGGAAGAUCCGGUUUGCUACCCUACGCUGGGGAGAGAGGAGAGGGGGAGGUAAGUGACAGGGAAUAUUAAGUAUGUAACUGAUCAGUUAGCUAUAAGAGCCCAUUUGAAGAACGAUUACGCCCCUGAGCUGUCUUCAGAUCCCGGAAGGAUAUUCACAUGUGUGUCAUCUAUAGGAUCACUGAGGUCUUGUUCCGCGCUAUAAGUGACAGGUGUAACAGUAGGAAAGCAGGCGAUUAGCCUGCUUUGUCAUAAAAAAAGACACAAAUUGCAACAAAGCAUCGAUGUCGUUUAACGUCCCGCUUCAAGGCUGAACGAAGAAUCCCGAAUCUUUAUUGUUUUCUUCUUUUUUGCAGACUUCCGACUAUUCUUCUUCUAAUCGCAAGCGUCGUUCGUAAAAAUUGAAACUUCUAGCCCUCGUGCCUUGAAAAUCGAAGCUUCUAGCCCUCGUACUGCGAAUUUCAGCGGCACGAGCUGAUUUAGAGACGUUACUGCAGGUGUUAUUACAUCGACCUUCAAUUUUGCGAAAAUGACAACUCGCCCAACAGUCGAGUGUUCUGUGUAAAACCAGAAGAUUCAUCCGUAGUUAUUUUUGACACCACAGUGACCAACUCAUUUCGUCUGCUUCUUAGGUGCCUUUCUUGUGCAGCAGAUGUCGGGUGCCUUCAGAAAGAGCCCGUAUGGUCUUAAGCAAAAGCAGGUUACGGUGAAUUGGGGAUGGGAAACAACAAAGUAUAUCAUGACCGAAACGUGGAAGUGGUACCUCUUGCAUCCAGUGCUGGGCCGUACAAUAGCCCACGUGGCACCGUCGCUGGUUCCAGUCUUCUACGCUGUCUACUCGUCCCUGUUCGUGACCUUCACCUUCGGGUGGGAGGUGACACUGUUGUUCCUGGGGCAACACGCGGCGUUCUACGCUGCGGCAGCGCUCCGCAUCCCAGCUCUGUGCUACGUGGUCGCUGCCGUGAUCCACUGCCAGAAGUUUUUUCUCCCUUUCGAUUCAGUCGACGUGAGUCAGUAA